GUGAGCAGAAAUUCUCAGACCAGCUGGGCCUGUCCUCCAGGAGGAUGAGAAACUCCAAGACUGCCAUUUCAUUCUUUAUCCUUGUGGCCGUCCUUGGGUCCCAGGCUGGCCUCUUACAAGAAAUAGCAAAAGAAGAUCAAGAUCAUCGCUAUAACCCUCCAAUAAUUCAUCAAGGCUUUCAAGACUCAUCAGACUGCUGCUUUUCCUAUGCCUCACACAUCCCAUGUUCAAAAUUUAUAUAUUAUUUUCCAACCAGUGGUGGGUGCGUCAAGCCAGGCAUCAUCUUUGUCACCAAGAAGAAGAACCGGGUCUGUGGCAACCCCAGUGAUCAGAGAGUUCAGAGGUGCCUAAGAACCCUGAAGCAAGACCCAACAAGAUCUGGGAGCUGGCUCAUUGCUUGAGAAGGAGGGCAUGUAUUGCAUCUGCCUUCUUCUGUCUUCCCCAGUGACCAUCUUAGGAGGCUCUAAUCAUUGGUUUUUAUAGAUAUUUAAAGCAUUUAUCCUUCUGUUCAGGUUUAAAACAGCACAUGUAGUCAACAGUAUUCAUAUGGACUCAGCUUGACACAAUUAGAGCCAUCUUGAGUUGUAACCAUCAUGAUUGUCUUUGAGUAACUGUUGGGUUUUCUUGCAAAGUUUCUCAGCAGAUUUUUAAAUGGAUAAAGUAUUAGAGUAGUCUUUGGAGCUUUGGGAUGUGUCUGGUUCUGAUAAGAGCUUAAUCCAGGUAUAUUCAGCUGAGAUGAAAUCAAUUUUGUCCUAGGCCAUACAUAUGUCCAACUUUGUGGGGACCCAGCUGUUCUUCCUGCCAUCAUAGAGCAGUAAGCGCCCCCAAUAAAAUCCUCUCCAUGUAG